AUGUCCAAAAAUAUCAUUCAAAAAUAUCCAAAAAAAAAAUUUACUAAAGAGAGUUCAAAAGAGUUUGAUAAUAAAAGUGACUACAAUUCUAACCUUGAAAGUUCAGAUAAUAAUAAUGAUAAUCAAAAAGAAGAUAUGUUAUCAAAAAUUUUAACUCGUAUUACUGCCUUAGAAAAUGAAAAUAAGAAAUUGAAAGAUGAAUUAAAAAAUAAAUCAUCAGUUUCAAGUUCAAGAAAUAAAGAAACUUCAAAUAUUAUAAAGUCCAGUUCCAAUAAAUUUAUUAAAAAAAUGGAUAGGGUGGUGCCUAAAUUGACGUCCAAAAAGCAUGCAGAAUCCAGCUUAGAACAAUCAAGCUCUGAACAAGAAUCAGAUAGUGAUACAGAAGCAGAAGUAUAUGAAAAAGAUAUUUUACAUAAAGAUUGUAAGACUAAAGAAGACGUUUCACACGAAGAUUGUAUGACUAAAGAUGCUUCACAUGAAGGUUGUAAAAUUAAAGAUGAUCUACCAAUUCCAAAACCUGUCAACUUUACAAAUUUGCAUUCAAAAUUGAACUUAGAAAAGAAUGUAUAUCAAAGUUAUAAGACUGCUUUCUAUAACCUUGUUGAUCGGCAUACUUCUGCUGAAGUACAAUAUAAAAACCUUGAUAAAAAAACUAAAGCUGGUAUUAUUCGCAAGUUUAAGAAAGAUAAUCCUCAUUUUCCAAAUUGCAUUGGUGAUUGGGCCUUAAUAUAUCUUAUGCGUCGUAAAAUAAAUUUUAAUCGUGAUAAUAUCAGCCGUCAGAAUAAGAACAAAAGGCGAGCUGUGAAAAAUAAACCAGUUAAUAAAAGACGUGCAAAAAAUAAUGUUAUAUACGCAAAAACACUUGGCAAUAAUACUGAAGAGCCUAAAAUACAAGAUACCUAUCAGCAGUCUGAACAGUCUGAAGAAGAUUUUAAUAGUAAUGACGAAGCAAGAAAUUCAGAAUGUGAAGAUCAUGAAAAGCAAAAUGAUGAUGAGUUAGUACUACGUGAUUCAACUAAAUUUAAUAAAUUGGAUGACUCUUCUGUGAAUGUCAAAUCAAAUCCACGACGAAACAAUAGAAAUAAAGAAUCUAUUGAAAAACAGCAAAUUGAAAAACAGAAAAAAUUGCCAAAUAAAUCUUCAAAUUCAAAAUCAACACCGCAGCCAACACUUCGUAGAUCUUCUCGUAAAAAGACAAAUGUUGAAAAACGUCCAAUUGAUGAAGGAACAACCGCUCAGUCAUUUAUUCGAAAAAAAGUUGAUUUGCGUGGAUAA